AUGCAAUUAUCGCCGGACGUGGUCCUUUUCCUCCUCCUCUCCUAUCUCCCUCUGAGCAUCGCCUCCAGCGAAGUGAAACCACCUCCAAAACCAUGUACGAUUCACUCACCCUCCACCGGUUCCUUCUUCGAUCUGCGACCGCUGCACCUGACGGCCGAGGGCACGAAAUACCAGGUUGCGAGCAAUGAAUCGUAUCAUGUCAAAGGCUAUGACUACCCGUCAAACUUCACCAUGAACUUCUGCGGUCCGGUCGUGGAAGAGUUGGACGAUGUUGAAGGGAUUCCGAUGACAAAAGUUGCCAACGUAUCAGCGUUCUACAAAGACCAACGCGGAGAUAUCUAUAGCAUCGGGCAACAGAAUGAUCAACCGUUGUUCCGUGGAAAGAAACUCCUUAUGAACUACACUAUGGGCUCGCCCUGUCCCGACGUGGAUGAGAAUGGCGUUCCUAUAGAUCGGGAUGCUAUGGCGAGCACAGACAAGAGAAGACGCAAGUCUACAAUGCUGUCGUUCAUCUGCGACACGUCACCACUGCUGUCGACUCGACCGGCCAUUUCCUUCCUCGGAACUCCCGACCAUUGCACAUACAUUUUCGAGGUCCGCUCGCGUUACGCCUGCGGCGGGACCACAUCGGCAGGCGAAAAGGGGACCCUCGGACCAGGCGGAGUGUUCGCUGUUAUCCUCGGGAUCGCCCUUCUGGUGUAUCUCAUCGGAGGUGUUGUGUACCAGCGCAAUGUCAUGCAUCAAAGAGGGUGGAAACAGUUACCCAACUACGCCGUCUGGGCCGGGUUGUUCAGCUUUAUCUCGAGACCUCUGUCCAUGCCACGCCGAAAGCGAAAUGGCUCCAGUGCGAGGAGCCACGAUUGGAAAUCCGACUUGCCGUAG